AUGACUAUCAAUACAAUGAUGGAUCAGCUGCGGGUUUUCGCGAGCGAGGUCUCACGAGUAGCACGGGAAGUGGGCACUGAAGGGGUCCUAGGCGGUCAGGCUCAGAUUAUUGGGGUACAUGGAGUCUGGAAGGAGCUCACUGACAAUGUGAACGUCAUGGCAUCAAACAUCACAGAUCAAGUCCGCGAAAUCGCUGCAGUCACAACUGCAGUAGCUUAUGGUGACCUCAGUCAGAAGAUCGAGAGACCUGCUAAAGGCGAGAUCUUGCAACUCCAGCAAACGAUCAAUACUAUGGUGGACCAGCUUCGUACCUUCGCUACCGAAGUGAUUCGGGUCGCACGCGAUGUAGGUAUCGAAGGGGUUCUCGGUGGCCAAGCCAAAAUCUAUGGGAUUCAAGGGAUGUGGAAUGAACUGACGGUCAACGUUAACGCUAUGGCAAACAACCUCACCACACAAGUACGCGACAUUGCUACUGUGACCACUGCAGUUGCAAACGGCGAUCUAACACAGAAGGUGCAGGCGAAUUGUAAGGGUGAGAUCCUAGCCCUGAAAGAAAUCAUCAAUGCUAUGGUUGAUCAAUUACGUCAAUUUGCCCAGGAGGUUACCAAGAUCGCGAGGGAGGUUGGCACUGACGGUGUUCUCGGCGGCCAAGCUACCGUGCAUGAUGUGGAGGGUGUUUGGAAAGAUUUGACAGAAAGUGUGAAUGGAAUGGCAAUGAACCUGACCACGCAGGUUCGGGAGAUUGCCGAUGUUACUACCGCAGUGUCUGUUGGCGAUCUCACAAAGAAAGUGACCGCCAACGUCAAGGGAGAAAUCGCAGACUUGAAAGAUACGAUCAACAGCAUGGUUGAUCGCCUGGGACGAUUUGCCUUUGAGGUCAGCAAGGUAGCACGCGAAGUGGGAGUGGAUGGAACACUAGGCGGUCAGGCAGUGGUUGUGAACGUUGAGGGAAGCUGGAAGGACUUGACAGACAAUGUGAACACGAUGGCCCAUAACCUGACGCUUCAGGUUCGCUCGAUCUCAGAUGUCACCCAAGCCAUUGCUCGAGGUGACCUGAGUAAAAAGAUCGAUGUUCAUGCACGAGGGGAGAUUCUCACUCUCAAAAAGACCAUCAAUGACAUGGUUCAGCAGCUCGACUUGUUUGCUCGACAGCUUAAACGGGUCGCCCGCGAUGUUGGGGUAAAGGGUAAGAUGGGUGGGCAAGCCAACGUAGACGGAAUGUCGGAGCGCUGGAGAGAGAUCAGUGAAGAUGUGAAUGUGAUGGCUGAUAACCUGACAUCUCAGCUCCGAGCCUUUGGGGAAAUCACCAAUGCCGCGACCGACGGAGACUUUAGCAAACUAAUCACCGUUAGCGCCUCAGGGGAGAUGGAUGAGCUCAAGCAAAAGAUUAAUAAGAUGGUUUCCAACCUACGUGACAGCAUCCAGCGAAAUACUGCUGCCAAAGAAGCCGCAGAGCUAGCAAACCGGAGCAAAUCGGAGUUCCUUGCUAAUAUGAGCCACGAAAUCCGAACGCCAAUGAAUGGUAUUAUCGGGAUGACACAACUGGUUCUUGACAGUAGUGGGCUAGAAUCCAGCUCAAGAGAGAUGCUCAACGUCGUUCACAAUCUUGGAAAUAGCUUGCUCACAAUUAUUGACGAUGUCCUUGAUAUUUCUAAGAUUGAGGCAAACCAUCUAGUCAUUGAAAACAUCCCUUUCAGUCUUGGACGGACCAUCUUCAACGCCUUGAAAACUCUUGCAGUCGAAGCAAACGAGAAAGCCCUGGCUCUGAUGUAUAAUGUUGAUAAUUCAGUGCCCGACCAUGUGAUCGGAGAUUCUUUUCGUCUUCAUCAAGUGAUUCUUAAUCUUGUUAAGAAUGCCAUCAAAUUCACAGAAAAUGGAGGAAUUCAUCUGAUUGUCCGCACUAACGACACCUAUACCUGGCAAGACAAUGAGCAUUUACUUGAAUUCUUGGUUUCCGACACCGGGAUUGGCAUUGACAGCAACAAGUUAGAUUUGAUCUUCGAUAAAUUUCAACAAGCCGAUGGAUCCACAACGAGAAAGUUUGGUGGGACUGGUCUUGGCCUGUCCAUAUCCAAGAAGCUCGCCAAUUUAAUGGGUGGAGACAUAUGGGUAACCUCGUCUAUGGGUGUUGGUAGUACCUUCCACUUCACCUGUCGGGUCAGGUUGGCGCUCGAAUCGGCUGGCGCUGUACUGAAGCAACUCGCGCCGUACAAGGAUCAUCAAGUCCUGAUGGUUAGCUCGCUCAAAACUGCAUGUUCAGAACCAAUCGGCCAAAUGUUAAAAUCCUUGGAUCUCAAACCGGUCGUUUUAGGAGAAGGGAAUUGGAACAUGCAGCCAGAUGCUCCUAUCCGGAGCCAAUGGCCUAACCGUUAUGACGUGAUUCUGUUCGAUUCGAUGGAAUCCAUAAUGCGCCUGAGAAAAUUGGAUCAUUUCCGGUCUAUUCCAGCCGUUUUGAUAGGGAAAAGGUUAUCCGUUGGCAUGAAAGCAGCUUUAGACCUGAGCGUCACUUCAUACGUGACUACACCAUGUCAGGUGAUCGAUCUGGCCAACGGUAUUCUCCCUGCUCUUGAGAGUCGACCUGCUCGGAUUCAUACCCGACAAACAAAUUCCCUGUCAAUCUUACUGGCCGAAGACAAUGAGGUUAACCAGAAAGUAGCAUUGAAGUUUCUUGAGAAACAUGAACAUGUAGUCACAAUUGUCGAAAACGGCCAAGAGGCUCUCCAGAUGGUCCAGAAAGCACGAUUUGAUGUGAUCUUAAUGGACAUUCAAAUGCCUGUUAUGGGUGGAUUUGAGUCAACAACUCUAAUCCGCCAACAUGAGAUUCUACACGGUCUAUCACGCACUCCUAUUAUCGCUCUUACCGCUCACGCGAUGUUUGGGGAUCGAGAAAAGUGCCUAGCAGCUGGGAUGGAUGACUAUUUGUCGAAGCCGCUAAACCAAAACCAGAUGAUGCAGAUGAUUGUCAAAUACAGCAAUUCACUGCAGGAUGCUUCUUCUGUCCGGGGAUGA